UCGAUAUAAUUAGUAUCGAUAACCGCUGCGUCCCUAGCGCCCGCCAGUCCUUGUUCGAACGCCGCUAGUGUCGCCCGCCCAAUGCCGCCUACCUUCCGAACGCGGGUUAAACUGAAGUAAUAAAAAAACUGUACAACAAAUAACCCACAAAUGGGAUAAAAAUUAACAGUUAUUCAUUGUGAAAAGUGGGACAAUUUCACAAGUGAAUUUUGAAAUAUAAAAAAAGAAAAUAAUUGUGAUUAUUAUUGAAAUUAUUUAUUAAUAAAUUAAUUUAAUUAAUUUUCGUGUGAUAUUAGGUUCUAAGUUAGUCUAAGUUAGUGCUUGACUUUCGUGUUUAGUGUACAUUCAAUUGAAUAGAUUUUAAUAUGGAAGAACACGCAGAGAGCAAGGAGCGACUGCAGAGGGCGCCCUUCGAGACCGCCCUCCAUCACGCCGGUUACGGCUGUUUCCAAUGGCUCCUGCUGAUGUCCUGCGGCGCGGUGUACGCCGUGUGCGCGCUCAGCACCACCACGCUCAGCUUCGUACUCCCAGCGGCUGAAUGCGACUUCAAUCUCAGUUCUAGUGAUAAGGGGAGGCUUACCGCCACGCCGCUCAUUGGAAUGUGCGUGGGCUCGUACUUCUGGGGCAACCUGGCGGACGCGCGCGGUCGCAGGAAGGCCAUCAUCGGCGCGCUGCUACUGGAUGCUCUUGCGGCCUUUUUGUCUAGUCUUAUGCAGUCUUUCCCUGCGUUCCUUGCUUGCAGAUUUUUCUCAGGCUUCGGUAUAAUCGGAGCCACAGGUCUGGUGUUCCCGUACUUCGGCGAUUUCCUCUCACUACGGCAUCGAGACGUGAUGCUGUGCAGGCUAGAAGUGUUCUGGACUUUUGGAACUAUUCUACUACCUGGCAUCGCGUGGCUCAUCAUCCAAGAUCCACGCUUCAAUCUCACAGCCCCCGGCGCAGACUUCCAGUACACUUCGUGGAGAGUGUUCGUCUUCGCCUGCGGCAUCCCCAGUCUGCUGGUGGUUCUGCUGCUGCUACCCUUCCCGGAGAGUCCGCGUUACUUGCUGCACGCCGACAAGACGGACCAGGCGUUGCAAGUACUGCAGAGGAUAUUCGUCGUUAACACCAGACUGUCUGAGAAAGAUUUUCCUGUAGAAUCUAUGAUAAGUGCUGGAGACGAAGGUGAAGAGGAAGAAGUAGUAGCAGCAGACAACAAUGGCAACGAGACCAAAUCUCCACUCACAUGGAACCAGAGGUGGCAGGCCUUCUGGUUCAGGAAGAAAAUGCUGGUCACCCCACCGUACAUUGGUCUGCUAGUGCUUUGCUGCUUCGUAGAUUUUGGGUUAAUGUUUAGUUACUACACACUAAUGAUGUGGUUCCCGGAUCUCUUCGAGAGAUUCAGUCAGUUCUCGUCUCUUUUCCCCGGAGUGUCAGCAGGCGUCUGCGAGGUGUCUGCUAAUGUCACGAGAAGUGAACUGUUGGGUAAACAAGAAUGUCCUCAAGUGAUAGACGACAGAGUGUUCAUCCACACGCUGGUGGUGGCUCUGAGCUGCGUGCCCACCGCGCUGUUGGUUGGUCUCACUAUCAAUAAGAUUGGGAAGAAGAUUAUGCUUGUGGGGAUGUUGAUAAUCUCUGGUCUGGCGGCACUGGGGCUAAACCUGGUGGAGUCGUCGCUGCAGAACCUGGUGCUAUCGUGCGUGUUCGAGGCAAUCGUCAGCUGCACGGAGGCGGUGCUGUUCUGCGUCAUCUGCGAGAUCUUCCCUACUAAAGUUGCCGCCACAGCUAUGGCGGUGACGGUGAUGUGCGGGCGCAUCGGCGCCAUCGUCGGCAACGUUGUGUUCGGCGCGCUCGUCGACGAGCACUGCAUCGUGCCCAUAUACAUGUUCGGAUCGCUGCUCAUCACGAGCGGCCUGCUGUGCAGCAUACUGCCGAAGAGCACGCGACCGGAGCGGCCGCAGUGAUGUGUUGUUAUGUUAUUAUCUGUAUCGUGAUAAAUAAAUUAGCUAUUGUAAGCACCGUU